UGUGUGAGAGAGAGAGACAGAGAGAGAGACAGAGAUAUAUAGUGUGACAGAGAGAGAGACAGAGAAAGAUAGAUAGAUAUAUAGAGAGAGAAAGAGAAACAGAGAGAGAAGGAGAGCAAGUGAAAUAGGGGACAGAGGGAUUGAAAAGCUAUUGUAGAAGGAAGAGGAGACUCUACUGGCUGUGUCGGAUCAGCAGCAGCUGUUGGAUAUUCCUGUCUUCCUGUCUACGGUGGCGGGUUGAAGAUCCAGACCAAUAGACAGGAGCGAUGGAGAGGUCCAGGAAGAGGACCAACAGAAGAGCUUACCUCCCCCCCAGCAGCACCCUGGGCCAAGGCUAGGAGCUCCACACCAACACCCACUGUAAACCCUACCGCAUUUUGAACUCAAAUACUUCUACCCUCCCUGGCGCCAGUAUGCGUCCCCCAGACCCCCUUUCUCCCCCCUCAGGGCUGCUGCUGUUGCUGGUCUUCUGCCCCCUAGUGGUGGUAGUGCAGGCCAGCAGCAGUAAGAUGGAGAGCGGACACAGCACACACCAUGGAGUUACAGACCCAGACCGCUGUAUGAGACAUCACUUUGUGGAGACCAUCACACACUCCCUCUACAAGUGCAACUCCAAUAUGGUGUUGCUAGCUCGGUGCGAGGGCCACUGCAGCCACACGUCCCGCUCCGACCCUCUCAUCUCCUUCAGCUCGGUGUUGAAGCAGCCCUUCAAGAGUACCUGUUUCUGCUGCAAGCCCCACACCUCCAAGCUGAAGGCUGUGAGGCUCCGCUGCGCCGGAGGGACUCGCAUCACAGCAACCUACCGCUACAUCCUCGCCUGCAACUGUGAGGAGUGCAGCUGAGCUGGGAAAAAUACUUUCACUUUAGAACUCUGUCUCCGUGAGAAAGUGUUUGCACCUGUGAGUCGACAGCUGUGAGGAGUGAAAUCCUAGAACUUGUAAAUUAGAAGAACCUGCACCUUUGUAGAACCUAUAAGUUCAGGCCCAAUCCAUGGACCGAGCCCUGGCCUCCAUUUGCAAGUAGUGGAACCCUUAGAGCCCAAUAUAACUCUAGAACCUGAGAGUAUAGGCUAGACCCAUGGAGGAAUCUAGAACCGUCAUGCCUGUUUGUGAUGAGGACUCCAUCGCCACAACGACUAUCUGCCUUUUAGAAUGGUGUUCCUAGGGAGGGGAGGGCGGGAGAUUUCUGAACCAAUAAUAAUCAUGGAUUGGAUUUAUAUAGCGCAUUUCUACCAACUGAGCUACUCCAAGCGCUUUACAUAGUAACUCACGUCAUACACCACCCGGAGGAAUGUACCAUUUCAUGGUUCUACAUGUGUUCUAGACCUGACUGAGAAGUCAGUCAUGAGAUCCUUCAUUCUUCUUGACUCUUUGUCAAUCCUCUAAAUAUCAGUCUGGACCAAGUCUCACCUGAGCUCCUGUUCUCAUUCAGUGGCUCAGUCCCCAACCUGAGACCCAUUAGGAACCCUGUUCCCAAAUGAUGUGUGUCUAGAACCAAGAGAACACUCGGCUCCUCAAGGCUCCCAGAAGGAGUUAGUUCUGCUAAUCCAUGGAGAGUAGAUGACAUUUCCCCAAAUCCUGUAGAACACUGUCUUCUCCCCAGUGUCUUCUCCCCACUGUCUUCUCCCCAGUGUGUUCAGACCCAAAAACAACUGCUUUUUCGGUUUCAGCCAAACUCUCAACACUCAUUACAAGCAACAACAACACAUAUGCAUACACUCGUUUUCAAUCACUCAUCACCUCUCUAAUUACACACACCAUCUCCCCACUCUCACCCUUAAUUACAUCUAUAAAUGUAUGGUGCCAAUGUCAUAAAACCCAACAGCACAACAUGCAUAAUUAAAAGCAGCAUGGGACAGAGCAGGCCGUGUAUCCUAUGAGAUAGAUGUGUAAUAACUGUGCUUAACUACACAUUCCCUCUGUCUCCUAGCCAGGCCAUAAACAUUUAACACACUCCACCAGCUCUUCAUCCACAGCUGAAGUCAGAAGUUUACAUACACCUUAGCCAAAUACAUUUAAACUCAGUUGUUCACAAUUCCUGACAUUUAAUCCUAGUAAAAAUUCCCUGUCUUAGGUCAGUUAGGAUCACCACUUUAUUUUAAGAAUGUGAAAUGUCCCAUUAAUAGUAGAGAGAAUGAUUUAUUUCAGCUUUUAUAUAUUUUAUCACAUUCCCAGUGAGUGAGAAGUUUUUCAGUUCUGCCCACAAAUUUUCUAUAGGAUUGAGGUCAGGGCUUUGUGAUGGCCACUCCAAUACCUUGACUUUGUUGUCCUUAAAGGCACAGUUAACUUUGUGUAUGUAAACUCUGGACCCACUGGAAUUGUGAUACAGUGAAUUAUAAGUGAAAUAAUCUGUCUGUAAACAAUUGUUGGAAAAAUUACUUGUGUCCUGCACAAAGUAGAUGUCCCAACCGACUUGCCAAAACUAUAGUUUUUCAACCACUUGUGGAGUGGUUGAAAAACCAGUUUUAAUGACUCGAACCUAAGUGUAUGUAAAUUUCCUACUUCAACUGUAUCUGUGUGAAACAUGAUGAACCCUGGCAGGCCAUAUUACCAGCUGAUGUACUCUCAGAGAACAGACUCUUACAUGAUAACUGCUUUGGGCAUAGCCCGGAGGACUAUAACGCAAAAUGCAUCAGAAUGCAAAGGUGGAAUUUCCAGAGGGACAUUCUGUUGUUGGCAUAGCGACAUGCUAUGUUUGGGAGAUACAGUGAUGGGAAGCCAUUUUGCGCAGUGGUAUAUGGACUCUAAAGAAAAAUGGUCUGUCAAUGCUCUGUGCAACUGACGAUUUGGUGGUUGUUAUUGUUGAAACUAUUAAUAUUAUUAUCGUGCCAGAGUUUAUGAUUACUGACACAUGAUUUGCUAUCAUUAAGUACUUCACUAAUUAUGUCAUUUCAAUACUUAGAUACUUUGAGAAUGGAAUCUGUGUGUUACAGCUUGUGCUGUUCACCAGUCACAAUUCAAAUACAUUAUUUUGACUUUGGAUUUGUGCAUGUUACCACUUUAGUGCAUUUAAGACAGUCCCAAACCAUUGGAUUUAUCAGGAGUCAGGUACUGUAUCUAUCUACCAGAUGAAGGUAUGCGGAGAGGGUUCCAUUUUAGAAUCGAGCAGAAUGGUGUUAAGAUAAUGUUGGACUAAAUAAAAGACUUCAGAGUCCCACAGAAGUGAUGACAGAAGUGAUGACUGAGCUGAUGACAGAAGUGCUUCGAAGAACACACACACGCGCACACGCACGCACACACACACACACACACACACACACACACACACACACACACACACACACACACACACACACACACACACACACACACACACACACACACACACACACACACAUACACACACACACACACACACGUGCGCACGCGCGCACACACACACACACACACACAUGCCUUUGUUCUUAGCCAUGGCCUCUAACUGUACCGUCCUCUAGGAAGUCAUGCAAUUUGCUGGUCUGAUUUGUUAAUGCAGAUCACGGCUGACAGCGCGGCUGGCUGCUUCACACGUCAACCUAAUAAACACUCCUUUUGACUCUGUCUG